CGCUGCGUGUCGGGAAAACGGACACAAAAGCACGGAAAUGUCGAGUGGCUAGUCAAGGAACCGAAAGAAAAAAAAAACACAUCAAGAAACAAUAUCGCUUACUAGCAUAAGUCAUCACCUAACGUUUUUUUGGAAGAUAUUGUUUAUUGGAGAAUAUCUUGCAAUAUUCCGAUAGAAUACAUUUUUUUACUGUCGCUAACUAGUCUAGCUAGAUAGCUAACACCCACGGCAGAAAUGGGUACUAGAUCCAGUCGUUUCCAAGAAGAAACAGUCGCCACGGCGUUUGCGAAGGAUGGCAUCAAGAGGGACUCCUGCCGAAGACUUCGCAACAAGAGGCCUACUAGUUUAGUGGUGGAUUUCUCGGGCAGCUUCGACCAGGACUCGGAAGUCAGUCGCAGUCGUUCAGAGGAGGGCAGCGACUCGGACCAGGGGCGUCCGACGGGCGCCGAUGGAAGCCAUGGUGACAUAAACAGCCCAAGCAAUCCCGAUCAAACUACACCGGACGAGACUGGUGAUGCUGGUGGGCCCGCGGAUGGUGCUAACUCUGGUUCAACAGGAGACGUCAACAACGACGGUCUGUCGGUGGAGGAGACGGGCCGCAUCCCCCAUCGCACUUUCUCGGAGCGUCUCCCCUCCAGCCGACAUACUUCCGGUCGCAGUGGAUCUUCGCGAACCGCCGCACGCGCUCGGGGAAGCAACCCGCGGCCAGUCUCGGAGGCAUGGAUCGGUGUGUACAGGGUCAACAGCCGCCACAGCACCGUGCGCUGUCCGUUCUGCUCCAAGCCCUUCCCGGGAGGCCGAAUCGAGGAGCACUUGCUGAGCUGCCUCACGUCCCCCCCUCUCCCGUACAACAUGGACACUCUGAGUAAGGACAGUGGGGAGUGCAGUAUUUGCCUGGAAGACCUCCUGCAGGGGGAGACCAUCGCACGCCUGGCCUGCCUCUGCGUCUAUCACAAGAGUUGUAUUGAUUCUUGGUGCAAGGUGAAGGCCUGUUGUCCAGAACACCCCUUCGACUGAAACCCCUUCAAUUCUCAGGCCGGUCUUGGUGUGGAACUCUGGCGACAAUGAAAAUGGGGGGUGGGGUAAGGGGGAAGUGGGGGUGCGGCAAGAAGAACGGAACAAAGAAAGAAAAAAAAAACCAAAAGAGCGUCAGCCGCUGUAGCCUUCUGGAAAGACGAGGAGACCACUGACAACAGCUACUUCCUUCAAAAUGGGUCACUCCAGCCAAUCACACAUCAACUACACAUCAGCAUCAUCACAAGGAUCAAAUGAAACCAGUGCCAGGCUCAUUGUGACAGACAGACGGACCCAUUUUUUUAAUCUCCUUUUUAUUUCCAAGAGGUUUUUUUUUUUUUUUAAGGAGGGUGGGUGGGGGUCACUGUAUUUUGUUUGAACCUCUGAGUGGCUGUGUAUGGCUAGCUGCUAGGCCGCUAUAUAAGUUUCUGGGUGGCUGUGUCUGCGGCUAGCCGCUAUUUCAGUAUUCAAGUCCCUGAGUGGCUGUGUAUAGCUAGGCGCUAGGCCGGAAUUCUGGGUCCCUGAGUGGCUGUGUCUAUGGCUAGCCACUAUAUUAGUCUCUGAUUGGCUGCCUAUGGCUAGCCGCUAGUUUGGUAUUCGAGUCCCUGAGUGGCUGUGUAUAGCUAGGCGCUAGGCCGGUAUUCGGGGUCCCUGAGUGGCUGUGUCUACGGCUAGCCACUAUAUUAGUCUCUGAUUGGCUGCCUGUGGCUAGCCGCUAUAUGAGUCUCUGAUUGGCUGCCUAUGGCUAACCGCUGUAUGAAUCUCUGAUUGGCUGCCUAUGGCUAGCCGCUAGGCCGCUAUAUGAGUCUUAAUAUCUGUCUCCUCUGCUUUCCAUGGAGGCUUCCUCACUCCUUCCUCUGCACCCGGGGGGGGGGGGCGUAAAGCAUCGUUUCAUCCCUUCUUCCCCAAACUCCCAAAGUUGAGACAAUCGUGUUCCUGUCUCCGUCUGGGACGUGGACGUGGGGGCUGGGGCCCCCCUUUUUUUUUAAACUGAGGGCUGUGUUUCGCCGUAGGGACUUUACAGUCUCGCUCACGUGAAGCACUUUAAAAGUGAAAAUGUGUUUCGAGCCUUAAUGUCUGACUUUAGCCCCACCAAGCACAGUUUUUUUUUUUUUUUUACAUUUUCUGUUCCAUGUCUUCACGUAAUGUCACUGGGUUUGCGUUUCGUGCUACAUAGAGGGUACCCAUGCCAAAAUUUCUUCAGAAAUGUCGGGUGAGGGCGAGGGCGGGGUGGGAGGGGGGGUGCAAUAAUGACAUUGAUUGGAAAGUGAUUCCUGUGCAUAGCGAGUAAUUUAUUUUUCUUGCCACCUUUCUGUAUUGUCACCCUUUGGAUAAAUGGGUGUGUGUGGAUAUGUGUAGGUAUGUGUGUGGGCAUCUUACUGUAUUUAUAGGCUCUUUUGUGUGCCAAAGCUUAGUGUAGUAUUACCCAAGCCUCCGUGUGUUCAGAAGAACCAGUGAUUUCCAUGAGGUGGACGGGGCUUGUUAUGAGAGAUGGGUGGGGUGGGCGGGGCUUGCCGUGAGCAAUGGGUGGGGUGGGCGGGGCUUGCCGUGAGCGAUGGGUGGGGUAGGGCAGGGCUUGCUAUGACGGACAGAUGGGAGGGGUGGGCGGAGCUUGCCAUGUUGGGUGGAGUGGGGCUUGCCAUGUGAGAUGUGUGGGGUUGGGUUGGGGGGGGGGGGGAUUGGCAGGCGAUGGGGCGUGUCCACUCCCUAAUGACUCUGCCAUAUGUCUACUGUCUGAUCUGUUGCUGGAUUUAGUUUCUGCCAGACAGACAGCUGUAAUGAACCACAUGAUUAACAUAAUUACAUUCACAAGGCGGCAAGAGGGGCAGACCACUGUCUUGCAUCCGAGAGGUUUAUUUAAUUUCAAAAAUUAGCUUGAUCUUGAUUAACUCAUUUGAAAUAUUUUUUUUAAAAAUGUGUGCAGUGCCAAAAAGCAGCGGCCUGUCGUUCACCGUGAACGGGGAAUGCCAGUCUGCGUGGAUGAAAUGGCUGCAGGUGUGCGUCUUCGCAGGUAUGUCGAUCAUACCUGUGCAGGUGAAUAGACCCUCUUGAGGCUUUACAUUUCAAGAGGGGAACUUUGUGAUCCUGUACAGAUAACAAACACCACUUUUGCAGAGGUGACUCCCAAUCCUGGUUUAAAAUUUAAAAAAAAAGAAGAAACUGACAGGCUUGUGAUGAUAUGUACACCAGACGGUGAAUAAAAACAGACAAUCUUUCAGAUCCCCCUUUCCUCUGACAGACCGACACAUGGUGCAAUAGGGUAACCUUUUCGUUUGUCCCCUGUUGUGUGUCCUGGGCGUUUUUCCUCUUUGCCAUAUUUCGGGUAUGAGAAAAAGACACAACCACGUGCUUGGCAUCAGAAUUCAGUCUCUUCGUGGUUUCGACAACGCGGUCGUUUCCAUGGGAGCACGAGCCGGGGUCGGGGCCUCGCAUUUUUAGGUAUUUGAAUGGAUUCAUAAAUGCGCAAUUAAGUAAACGUGUACAAGCAUAGAGAGACAAUCUUUCCUCCACUCCGCAUCUAUUUAACAACCUAGUAUUUAUUGAAUUGUAAAUAUUUCUUGCUCAAUUUGUCAUUUGGUUUUGACUCUGAUACCGUUUAUAUGCCUGAAUCUUUUGUAUGUCAAAAAAGUUGUUUUGUAUGUAUUUUUAUAAUAAAUAUGCUUACUGUGUGA